AUGGCACUGAACACAGAGAAUGAUCCUUUGAUGUGCAAAUGUUUUCCUACAAGCUUAGCUGGACCAGCGCUUAACUGGUUUAAGAACCUGCCGAGGGGCUCAGUGGACAGCUUCCGUAGCUUGUGUGAUUGGUUCAUAAGCCAAUACUAUGGGAAUAAACGAUCGGCAAAAGAUAUCUCUAGCUUGUUCACUAGGAAGCAGCAUGACGAUGAGCGUCUCCAAGCUUUUCUUACCAGUCUGGUGGUGAACACGCCGAAGACACUAGACGAGUUGAAUGAAAGAGCAGAUGGUUUCGUACGCCUGGAAAAGAAAGAAGCAGCUAAUGCUAGGAAAACAUCUAUCAUCUCCACGGAAGAGAAGUCCAAAGCGAAGACACGGCAGAAGCAAGUUCCUACGCCGCGUCAGACUUCCUGGAAGGCAGAGAAGAGACCUAGGGAGGAUGACUUGAUUACUCCACUCAAAGUUACACUGGCAAGGCUAUACCAAGAGAACAAAGAUAAGAACUUAAGGAGACAAGUAGAGAUGCUGAUCGCUAGGGGAGAGUUUGUAGGGUAUGUUCAUGGACCAGCCCAAGAGCAGAAUCGACCAAUUGAGCAAGUCAAAAGAAAUCAAAAGCCGAAUCACCAUAACAUUCAGCCCGUUCGAAUUAUAAAUGUCAUUCAUAGUCGACCUGAACGAGCUGAAAAGUCCGAAGAAUUGACUCAAACGCGUCUUCGACAAGCACAGAUGAAGAGACGAAUAGGCAGUGUCAACACUCUACAUCAACAAAGCUCAACAACGCCAAUAAAGUUUGAUAAGACAGACCUGAUGCGAGUUCAGAUUCCUCAUGAGGACCCUUUUGUUGUCAGUUUGACAAUGGUUGAGUGUUUAGUACGGAGAGUGCUAAUUGAUCCGGGAAGUAGUGCAAAUAUUAUGCCAAGGGUCACUUUUGAUCGCCUAGAAAUCAAUCCAAAGGAGCUAAAGUCUACUAGAAACCCACUGUUGGGGUUUAAUGGCAAACGGGUAGAACCAAUCGACACAGUGGAGUUGAUGGUCCGCGCAGCUGAAAGAAAACUUGUCGAAAGUUUCAUGGUGGUAGAGAUCCAUCCCUCCUACAAUCUGCUGAUGGGGAGGGGAUGGAUCCAUAGGGUACAAGGAGUCCCAUCGACCCUACAUUAG